AUGGUGGACGGGCCGCGAGCGCGCGGGGCCGGGCGCCCCGGCGAGGCUGCCUCGCGGCUCGGCCCUGUCCGCGAGGGCCGCCCGGGGACCCCGCGGAGCCGCGGCGGCGGGAGCGGGUCCGGGCUCGGCGCUCCCGACGCUGCGAGCCGCUCUCCCGGCCAGCGCCCGCGAAGCGACGGGGUCAGGGCAGAGCCUCACAGGAAACCGGACAUCCGAGCGCCCGAGGCCGCGGCCCGCGAGGCGAGGCGAGUUGAGGCGAGGGCGCGGGAGGACGGCGCCCCGCUCGGCGGCUCGGCGCGCGCCUCGGGGAGCGAGGGGGGCAGACCGAGACGCCCCGCGAGGCUCGGGCCCUGCGGCGCCCCCGGAGCCCGCGUGCCCCCGCCCUCCCCUUCCCCGCGGCGGGGCGAGCCGGGCGGCCGGGCGGCGGGAGCGGCGGCGAGGCCGGGGAGCGCGGGGCGCGGGGCUGCGCGGCGGCGGGCGCAGGGGCAGGGCAUGGCUGACGCGCCCUCUGCCUGCGCUUAUGUGAGAGAAAGCGGCCGAGGGAGGGAGCGUGCCGAGCCCGGCCGCCCUCCCCUCGCCCUUUCCUCGGAAGCGGCUCCCCGCGCUCCGGGUCGCGCCGCCCCCCGCCCCUCCCCCCGCCCCUCCCCCCGCCCGCUCGCGGAGCGCGGCCCGGGGCGCUGGCGGCUCGGGGUCUCGGGGGCGCUGGCCCCGCGCCGGGCACGGUGGGCGCGGGAGCCGGGAGGUGGCUCGGGAGGACCGAGCCCGCCCUUUGUCCUCGGCAGCCAGGGGCUCCGGUCCGAGUCCCGGCAGCCCGGCCCUGGGAGUCCCGCUCGAGGGGUGGAAGGAGCCCCGGAUUCCAGAAGGGGCGAGAGAAAGUCAACCCCGGGGGGAGACCCCGCCGGGGCCCGGGAACCCCCGCCUGUUGGGCCACGCGGGGGCCCGGGGCAGCCGAAUGAGGGCAGGCCGUGUGGGGAAGGCCCGGGAGCGCAGACUCGGGGCAGAUGCGGAAGGAGCAACUGGCUCCUCACGGAGAAGCUUAGGGGCGGCGUUGGCUUUCAGUGA